AUGAGGGACAUCAAAGUCGACGAUGACUUUUUGCCUACCGGGGCGCCGAAGCACAAGGUAGAGGGCCAUGCCGUCACCAUCGCAGCGGGAGUGGACCUAUCGGAGCUCUAUGCUGCAGUGGCGCAACAUAAACGAGUAUUGCUGCGGGCUCUUCUCACAUGGUUGGCGCGGCUGGGGAAGGGACUGGCAUCUGACAAUGCCCUUGAGUUUGAAGUCGUGACGACCAAUGGCACUUUGACCGCUGCGAAUGCGUAUCACAAUACCGAUUUGUUCUGGGCUCUGCGCGGUGGAGGUGGAGGCACGUUUGGAGUGGUCGUCAGCGUCACGGUCCGCACGUUCCCCGAGGUGCCCGUGGUGGUAGCCAAUCUCAACAUCACCACUGGGCUCGGGCUCCCAGCCCUCAAUGAGGCCGGUGGGUCUGGCUAUUAUUUUGGCAUGCCGAUCCUACCACUCAAUGCGACGGCGAGCGUUUCAUCCAUCAUAUCUCUGCUGGUUUUCCCGAACGUCACUGACAAGGCGGUGAUCGACAAGUUGUAUGCACCACUGCAUUCCAAACUGCGACAGAUCCCGGGGGCUGCCGUGCAAUACACGUUCAUUCCCUUCCCUACUGUCAACUCGACCUUUUCCACCAUGCUUCUCAUCAGUUUCAAGGCCGGCGAAGGCUUCACCGGCCAUGUGGUCGCGGGUUGCGCCGUUGCAACUAAUGCGGACAAUAUUGACAGCGCGGUAAAUCCGGCCUGGAGGAAGACCGCCACUCACAUGCUCUUCGGGAGAAGCUGGAAUGACAACUCAACCCUGGCACAGCAAAAGGCACUCAUCAGGAAUACGACUGACGCGGAGGUACCAAUCCUUCGAUCCGUGGAAGGUAAAGAUCAUAUGGGUGGGGCGAUAACUACCCCCGUUUGUAUCGCCUCAAGCAAAAGUGGGAUCCCACGGGAUUCUUCAUUUCACGCAAAAGCGUGGGCAGCGAGGACUGGGUCGAUGUCGGCCUCUGUUUGA